CAGCAUCGCGAGACCCACACACACUCUCACUCAUAGCAUCAUCACUGCUCUGCUGCACCACAGAGAGAGGCACACUGAGCAUUCACCCUCUUUCUCUCUCUCUCUCUGCUCCUUCCUCUACUGCGCACUCUCUCUCUGUUCACCUUGGCUGCUGGGUGGUGUGGAGUUAUUGUUGCGUCAGAACCAGAGAGAUCCAGAGACAGCCAUGCCGGGGGAGAGCUCUCAAAGAUCUGUCCCCAAAGAAAGACAUCCGGAGCUUGGAGCAGAGCAUACAGGCUUGCCUGAACCAGACAUGACCAGACAUGCCUCCACUGACUCCACUCCUAGUGACAGUGGCUCCACCCCUAGUGACAGCGGCUCUAGUCCCUCCCCCAGCACCCCUCAGAAGCUGCUCCCAUCAUGCACCUCUCCCUUUGGGCCGCGGCUGGUCCGAGCCACGCCCAGCUCGUCCGCGACCCCGCGACCCCAGCCUGAAGGUUCAGACCGUCGCCACAGUAACACGAUCCGGCUUAGCGGGACGUUUGGAGGUCACGGACCCUGUGGACGCCGCAGCGGACCUGUGAAGAUGGAGAGAAUCAAGGUCCUGAUGGGCUCAGAGGUGGAGAGCGACUACAAGGAACCAGAGAACAUGGACACACGGGUGGUGAUGGGCCAGGAGGCCCUGCUCAGGACCAAGAAGACCCUGACAGGGAAGUGCCCUUGCAGGCAGAGCAGCCAGGCGAUACCCCUGCCCGGAGGCCCAGUCUUGGAGGUCCCUAACCCUCCCUCAGAACCACAGGCAGAGGCUGGGGAAAAGGCCCAACUGGACACAGGGCAGGAGAGAGACAAUUCACCUCUGACCCCAAAGAUGGAGCAAGAGCAGGAGAGAAUCCCUGUCCUGCCCGUUAGCCCUCUCCUCACCCCUCUCCUAACCCCCCUCAUCCCUGCCUCGCCUCCCUCCUCAGAGCCAGUCACAGUGGAUGUUAGUUUGACGGGCAGCUCAAGCCCUUUGGAGGCAGGGCUGUCUCCCUAUGGUGAAAUGCCUUUUGUAUGUGCCAUGUAUGCCAUGCCCUCCCUGUCCGAGCCAGCCUAUCCCCCUGCUAUCCUGUCCUUCACUGAGCCGGCCUAUGCCGUGGACCCUCUGAGAGUGGGAGUUCCCUCAUCCCUGGAUCCUGACCUGUACUACACCGCCCCCUCCACCCCCAUCAAGAUGGCUGCUCACCCCUCACACCUCAAACAUCGCUCUUACCCCGGCUCUCCAGCCUCUCCCCUCUCACAAAACUCCCCCUCAGACAGCGAGGACCUGUGCUCCCCCCUCACCUCCCCCUCUGGCUCCUACGUCACGGCGGAGGGGGGCAGCUGGACCUCUUCCACCUCCCCCUGCACCUCCCCCAAUCUGCUCCUGGCGGAGGAGGUGCAGGAGGCACCUGCAUGCUUUGUCAGCUCGCUGUCCGAAAUCGGAGAUGAGGUGGGAGAGGAUAGGGGAGCAGUAGGGGAGAGGGCAGAGGAGAAGGGAGAAGGAGCAGCAGAGUGGCGGUUCUGCCUCUAUAAGGGUCUAGCAGAGACUGUGAUCCUGGAGGAGGAGGAGGUGCUGAGAGGGGAGGUGAGGGGGAGGGGGAGUGAGGAAGCGACAGUCUCAAGAGGUAGCUGUCGCCCCCGCUGGGUGACAGAGGACACUUCCCCAUUGAGGAGCAGCAGCGGCAGAAGCACUGACUCCCAGGAAGAGGGAGGGGAGUCGGAGGGCUCGCUCUGCCCAGCAGAGGAUGCUCUAGCUGGGGGACAGCAGUACUCUAGUCCCCUGCUGCAAAGAGGCCUGGAGCUGGAGCUGCAGGCCUGUGUGGCUGAGGAACUUUACCCUCCCAUUACCAACCCAGAGGAUGGAACAGGCUCCCCACGGUUGACCUCCAUGUCCUUCCCCUUCGCCCCAGACAUGGGGAACCUAACCCAUCACACCUCCAGUGUCAACCCUGCCUCCCCCAAACUUCCCCUGGACACCUGCUCUCCAGAUGUGUCAGACGGGGAUAACUCCAGUCCAUACGGAGAGAUGGGUACCUUCCUGCUGUUCCCAGGCUCCUACAGUGAUGACGGAGAGAUGGAGGAGGAGGAGAGGAUGAUCCCAGCCUCUCUGCUUAACUUUCCCCUCCACACCAGCCUCCUCUUUCAGGCAGACUCCAUGGAGAUCACUCUCUUCCCCACAGAGGAGGGGAAUGAGGGAGGAGAGGGAAACGACAGGAACGAAGGGAACGAUGUGGAUGCAUACGCGGCCGGAGAGGAGGAGGGGGACGUGGAGGAUGAUGAUGAAGAUGAUGAUGAGGAAGAAGUGGAGGCUAAGGUAGAGAUAGAUGAGGCUACGGUAGAAAUAGCGAUAGAGGAAGAGGUUGAUGAAGAGGAGGGUGAGGAUGUUGAGGAAGAGGAGGAGGAGGGUGAGGGUAAGGCUGUAAAUGACCCAGCUGAAGAGGACAACUCGGCCUCCUUCCUUCAUUCACUGUCAGAGACUUCCAUCAACGAAGGUCUGGAUGAGUCCUUCUGUUUCCAUGAUGACACUGACGACUCACUAGACUCCGCCUCUUAUAAUGGUGAAGAGGAUGAGCGGCUGUACAGCACAGAGAGACAUGCUGAACCACCCACAGGACCACCCACAGAAUCACACCAAGCCAAAUCUCAGCCUGAAACUAGACCAGAGCACCACAGCACUGAACUGUCUCAGUCCCAGCGCAGACCUAGCCUAAUCAAUCCCCGAGGAGACAAAGAGCCCCGGCCUGAACCACCACAACCACAACCUGCACUUGCACCUGCCCAACUUGCGGAAUCAGCCCACCCCAAGUCCUCGAACAUCGGCAGUGGGAGUGAAAUGGAGACCUCCUCAGAGUUCUCUGACCCUCCUGUCCCCACUCCUUCUCAGGAGAGCCCUUCUGUCUCUACCCUUACCCCUAAACCUUCUACAACCCCUUACCCUGCCUCGAUUACCCCAAAGACUACCCCUGCUACCGUGUCAACCCCUAAAACCAAGCCUGCAUCUCUCUCUAACCCCAACACUAACUUUGCACCUGCCCCUAAUGCUAAAGCUGCUACUGUCUGUACCACUAACACUAACCCUGCUACAGCCUCAACCCCACAAAAUAACUCUGCUACUGCCUCCACCCCCAAAACUAACCCUGCUACUGUUUGUACACUUGAAAUGAACCCUGCUACGGUCUCUACCCCUAACACUAACAGUGCUCUUGCCCCUAACGCAAAAUCUCCUACGGCCUGUACCACUAACACCAACCCUGCUACAGCCUCAACCCCCAAAACUACCCCAGGUACAUGCUCUACCCCAAACCCUACUGUUACUCCUAACACUAACCCUGCUGCUACAAUCGAGGAGACAGCGUCCCACAGCAAUCCUGUCACCCUGGCAACCCUGCCAUCCCAUAACAGCCCUGUGACCCUGGCAACAGAAGCAGGGCAAGCCAAAGCAGCUGCAGAGGAAGUACAGGCUGGUACGGUGAGAGAGGAGGACAAAAGGAGCGGUGAAAAGAGAGAGAAAGACAAACAGAGCAGUGGGGAGAGAGGAAAGGACAAACAGAGCAGUGGGGAGAGAGGAAAGGACAAACAGAGCGGUGGGGAGAGAGGAAAGGACAAACAGAGCAGUGGGGAGAGAGGAAAGGACAAACAGAGCAGUGGGGAGAGAGGAAAGGACAAACAGAGCGGUGGGGAGAGAGGAAAGGACAAACAGAGCAGUGGGGAGAGAGGGAAGGACAAACAGAGCAGUGGGGAGAGAGGGAAGGACAAACAGAGCAGUGGGGAGAGAGGAAAGGACAAACAGAGCAGUGGGGAGAGAGGGAAGGACAAACAGAGCAGUGGGGAGAGAGGGAAGGACAAACAGAGCAGUGGGGAGAGAGGGAAGGACAAACAGAGGGGUGCAGAGAGAGAGAAGGAUGAACAGAGUACAGAGACUUCAGAUGAGGAUCACACAGAGCAGACAGACAGAGACUCGUUCAAACUACUCAUUAAGCCACACCCCUCUAAGUCAGACACACCCCGGCCUAAACAGAAGACCUCUGAGCCCCGUAAGCCACUCCCACGUGUGUUUGGGGUGGCAGCGGCUUCAAUCCGGUCCAAACCGCUUCUGGUGUCAGUGAUGGAACUGGACCAGAAGAAUGAGAACAGCAGCGCUGAAGGUGUGGACUCCCAUCAGGUCCUCGAAGGGACCACUGCCACCAAUGACCUGAACAAGGGGGUCCCUCUGCUCUCGUACCCGAAAGAGCCUAACCCCAGCAACAUCCCUGUCUCCUCCUGCCCUGAGAGCUCACCUGACCUGGCUGACAACCUGUCCCUGACCCCUGACAUCUGCCCAUGUGACCCCGCCCAGGAGAACCUGAGGGAGAACACCCUGAGCACUGAGGAUGGGGGCCCUGUGGCCCUGGGCUCUCCUCACACACCCCUGGCUGUCUCUCCCAAGAGGGAGAACUCAGAGACAGAUGCCGGAGGGAGGAGGGGGGUUGGGGGCUGGGGGGCAGGGGAGGCCCAAUCUCUCUCUCUGGGGCAGGGCUGUGGGUUGGAGGCACAGAGCCUGUUACUGUGUGAGGUGGAGGGGCAUGCUGUUGGACAGACAAUUGGACAGACGAUUGGACAGACACUCUCCGGGCUGCCCAAUGUCGGCACAGACGAGGAUGAGGUGGAUGAUAUAAUGGGGGACGAAGAAGACAACAACAGCCUGUGUGGUCGGCCAGACAAGAUGGCAGAUGUUGAGCUUGUGGGAGAGGGAGUGCCAGAGUCCAACCUGUCCAGCUGGAGGUCCAUCGAGGAGAUAUCAGAGGCAGGGGGAGGAGAGGACGGAAGCUCCCAAUUCCCAGAGGAUGAUGUCAGCAACCUGCAGAGUCGCCCAGAAAACAAGGUGCAGGAAAACCACAACAAUGACUCAGUGUUCCUAUCCUCUGGAAUGCCAACCUGUGUGACUCUGAAUGCCCUGUCAGAGGAGGUGAGACACCAGAGCCAGAGUGUGAGUCUGAGGGCGUCCCUCUCAAACAUACCACUCACAGAGGUGAGACCACAGGCUGCUGCAGCCUCCGAUAGGCCAACAACAUCAAUGGACAGCUCAACACACCAAUCAAACAUAAGACAAUCUUCCUCGUCCAUGGAAAGCCCUGGGCGUGUCUCACCACCAGGGGGUAAACCACAGACCGUUUCAGACCAGAGCUCUGGUUCAGUAGAGGCAGCCAUUUCCAGGCCCAACAGUAACACAGAUAUUAACCCAGCAGUCAAAAAGGCAGACCAUGCUAUUUCUCUGCUGGGUGGGGCAUUUGGAUCCUUCAGUCAUAAAAUCAGACCAAGCAACUCCAAGUUAGGCAGACUGCCCCAAGAAACUUCCCCAUCAACGAGGAAAGACACAGUAGAGAAGGUCCAAGUUUCCCAAGAAACUUCCCCAUCAGUGAGCAAAGUCACAGUAGAGAAGGUCCAAGUCUCCCAAGAAUUGUCCCUAUCAGUGGGCAAAGACACGGUAAAGAAUGUCCACGUUUCCCAAGAAUUCUUCCUGUCAUUGGGCAAAGACACAGUAGAGAAGGUCCAAGUUUUUCACGAAACUUCCCCAUCAAUGAGUAAAGACACAGUAGAGAAGGUCCAAGUUUCCCAAGAAACUUCCCCAUCAGUGAGCAAAGUCACAGUAGAGAAGGUCCAAGUCUCCCAAGAAUUGUCCCUAUCAGUGGGCAAAGACACGGUAAAGAAUGUCCACGUUUCCCAAGAAUUCUUCCUGUCAUUGGGCAAAGACACAGUAGAGAAGGUCCAAGUUUUUCACGAAACUUCCCCAUCAAUGAGUAAAGACACAGAAGAGAAGUUUCAAGUUUCCCAAGAAAUUUCCCCAUCAAUGAGCAAAGACACAGUAGAGAAAGUACAAUUUUCCCAAGAAUGUUCCCCAUCAGUGAGCAAAAACAUAGUAGAGAAUGUCCAAGUCUCCCAAGAAACUUCCCUAUGGGUGGGCAAAAACACAGUAGAGAAGGUCCAAGUAUUCCAAGAACCAUCCCUAUCAGUAGGCAAAAACACGGUAGAGAAAGUCGAAGUUUCCCAAGAAAUUUCCCCAUCAAUGAGCAAAGAGAUAGUAGAGAAAGUACAAUUUUCCCAAGAAUGUUCUCCAUCAGUGAGCAAAAACAUAGUAGAAAAUGUCCAAGUCACCCAAGAAACUUCCCCAUCAGUGGGCAAAGACACAGUAGAGAAGGUCAACAUUUCCCAAGAAACUUCCCCAUCAGUGAGCAAAGACACAGUAGAGAAGGUCCAAGUAUUCCAAGAACCAUCCCUAUCAGUAGGCAAAGACACGGUAGAGAAGGUCAAAGUUUCCCAAGAAAUUUCCCCAUCAAUGAGCAAAGAGAUAGUAGAGAAAGUACAAUUUCCCCAAGAAUGUUCCCCAUCAGUGAGCAAAAACAUAGUAGAAAAUGUCCAAGUCUCCCAAGAAACUUCCCCAUCAGUGGGCAAAGACACAGUAGAGGAGGUCGACAUUUCCCAAGAAACUUCCCCAUCAGUGAGCAAAGACACAGUAGAGAAGAGCCAAGUAUCCCAAGAAUCGGCCCUAUCAGUUGGCAAAGACACAGUAGAGAAGGUACAAUUAUUCCAAGAAUCAGCCCUAUUAGGGGGCAAAGACACACUAGAGGAGGUCCAAGUUUUCAAAGAAACUCCCCCAUCAGUGGGCAACGACACAGUAGAGAAGGUCAAAGUUUCCCAAGAAACUUCCCCAUCAGUGAGCAAAGACACAGUGGAGAAGGUCCAAGUUGUCCAAGAAUCUUCCCUAUCCCUAUCAGUGGGCAAAGACACGGUAGAAAGUGUGAAAAAACUCUGUUCCCAGCCUCAGCCAGAGGAGACAGAACCACAGACGAUGAGCCAAAGAGAGGGUGGUGGCGGUCAGACGACUGAUAGGCACAUUGACCAACCAAAGACGAGCGUGGCCUUAGAAGGGCAGGAGAGCAGUGUUUGUAUCUCAGGGGAAAGUGAGGUGGAGGAGAGAGCAGAGGAGAGAUUCUCUCCAACAGAAAGUAUUCCAGAACCUGCACAGCGACAGACACCUGAGGGAGAGCUGAGCACAGAGAAAGCCAUCACUCCUCCUCAGCCAGAGAGGAGAGGGAAGCAGAGAAAGCAGAGCAGAGACAGACCCAGUCAGCUGCGCAGACAAUCUACAUCAGGCCCUGGGUCUACUGAUCAACCACAGAAACCGUCUCUCGCUACCAAGACCCUAGCAGACACCUCCCCACCAGGGAAACAAAAGAAUACGAACAUGAGGAGACAAAAAUCUGUUGCAGAUACCAGACAGAGGAAACCUGUGAAGGGCAAACCUGAAGCAGAGUCCGGGAGGAGAGGGGAAAACAGAAACGUCUCCGUUGCCCCGACUCCCCCUAGUCCUACCAACCUCUGCCCUAUAGCUCCCACUCUCCUAGUCAACCAGGAAGUGAACACGGAAGUGCACCAGAUAAUGCUUGAUAACAGGCCGCUGCCUGGCUGCCAGACAGAAAGCAGGAAGGAUAUCAACGAUAACAAUGUGGGGAGUGGCCAUGCCUCCCCUACAGAACAGAAUAGGUCCUCUUCUCCUCCACCUCUUCCCUCCUCCUCUCCUCCUCACCUCUCAUUCUCUCCUCUUUCCUCAUCUCCCCCACCUCUUCCCUCCUCCUCUCCUCCUCCUCUCUCCCUCUCUACUCUCUCCUCCUCUCCUCCCCCCAGUUCCUUCGCGAUGCCGCCAGAUGAGAACCUCCCCACCCCCAUACAGGAGUCCCAGCCUCUCGUCACCCCACUCCUAGACACCCAGCCUCAAUCAAUCAAUGUUCAGGCAGCCUCUGCAACCCUUUCUACUACCCCUAACGCCCUUCCUAAGCACCCCCCUAUACCCACCGAAAGUGUCCCUAUGUCCCCUAACCCCUCCUCAUUUCCAUCUCCACCCACGUCAGCCCUGGCCUCAACCCCCAGCUUUACCCAGCCCACCCAGGAGUCUCUGCCACGGCUGGAGGCUCCAACCACAAUGCCUGUCCUAGGCAUCCGCAGGCAGGUCCAGCCCCAACCAAACCUCCUCACCAAGCCCAACAGACAGGUCAAGACAGAUGGGAUGGAUACAGACAGUGAUGACGAUGCCACUGCUGUUCCUCUACGACAUCACAUGACUCAGCCCAGGGGGAUUGUGGGAAACCCUUCUCAUAAAGAGUCUGGCUCCUCCAAUCAGCGAGAGAUACUGCUUCACUCCUCCUGCCAAACAACCGAGAGACAGACAGACUGUCCAAUCAGCCACAAGGAUUCACAGGAGUUGGACCUGUCCUUCAAAUACAACUUGGGCUCCUGCAAUGAGUCCGAGAGUGACGGAUCAGUGCCAGAGUUGGAAGAACCAGAGGGGGUGCCACUGAGAUCCUCAGAACCCCAGCCCAUCUCUCCUGCUGAUGAGGGGAUUAACAGACCUAAGCAGAGCCGCAGUGAGAAGAAGGCCCGCAAGGCCAUGGGUAAGCUGGGCUUGCGGCCGGUCCACGGUGUGACCAGGAUCACUAUAAGGAAGUCGAAGAGCAUCUUGUUUGUCAUCAGCAGACCUGACGUCUUCAAGAGCCCCGCGUCAGACAUCUACAUCGUCUUUGGAGAGGCCAAGAUAGAGGACCUGUCUCAACAGGUGCACAAGGCAGCGGCAGAGAAGUUUAAGGUCCCGGUGGAGCCCUCCCCCCUGGCGCCACCUGCACCACCCAGCCUCACCAUCAAGGAAGAGAGCGAGGAGGAGGAGGUGGACGAGGGAGGUUUGGAGCAGAGGGAUAUAGAGCUGGUGAUGGCCCAGGCUAACGUGUCCCGCUCUAAAGCUGUCCACGCCCUCAGACACAACACCAACGACAUCGUUAACGCUAUCAUGGAACUGACAAUGUGAGAGGACCCCCACCAAGCAUAAAUGCCACAGUCACAUCUGUAUCGCUGCUAUGUUGCAUUCUCCUUACCUGCUAAUAAACAGUCUGUUAUAACUACA